CGUUAUUAAUUAUUAAUGUCUUUUAGCUGGUACUUAGAAUUGUAUUCUAAGAUUGUUUUACAGUUUGCUGACGGUAAAAUUGCGCAAGGGAGGUUAAUUGUCAACAGCAUUGUUUUCGCUGCAAUCUCUUUCACAAGCCGUAUACCAGCCGGAAGUGUGAGAGCUAAGUGCUAUAUGGAGCAAGGUGCUACACCAACAGAUUUGUCGCCUGCUGCUGAAACACUUCCUGAUGAAGCUAUUGCUCUUACUGCCCUAGCUGGUAAUUGGAAUAACCAGCCUCACAAUUGGGUUGGGAUGGAUCCCUGUGGCAGUAAAUGGGUAGGAAUCACUUGCACCAAUUCCCACAUUACCAUGAUAGUUCUAUCAGGAGCCAAACUAAAUGGCAGUCUCUCUGGAGAUAUUGGGAAUCUUCCAGAGUUGGAGUACUUGGAUCUAUCUUUCAACAAGCAUUUAACUGGAUCAAUUCCCCCAGCCAUUGGAAAUUUAAUGAAACUGAAGGGCUUGAUUCUUGUCUCUUGCAAUUUUGUUGGGACUAUUCCAGCAGAAUUAGGGAAUCUGCCAAGGCUGGGGAUGCUAUCACUGUAUUCAAACAACUUGCGCGGAGAAAUUCCUGCUACCAUUGGCAAUUUGUCGAAACUGGUUUGGCUCGAUAUCACCGAUAAUCAAAUAAGCGGAUUGCUUCCUGUCUCGAGCAGAAACAACCUCAAUCUUGGCUUGGAUAAUUUAACAUUCUGCCAGCACUUUCACUUUGGCAAGAACAACAUUUCUGGGAGCCUUCCUGCUCAAAUUUUCAAUUCAAACAUGCGUCUGAUACAUUUACUCAUCGACAGCAAUAACCUAACAGGAAGCAUUCCUCCCACACUGGGGCUCGCAAACAAACUGGAAGCUUUGCGCCUUGAUAAGAACCGCUUAACUGGAUCUGUUCCUCCAAAUCUUAACAAUCUUACUAGUCUUUCCGAACUACACCUCUCUGACAACCAACUGACUGGUCCCUUGCCAAACUUAACAGGAAUGAACCAGCUUACUUAUCUGGAGAUGAGCAACAAUCCUUUUGAUCAGUCGCAAGUUCCACCGUGGUUUUCAACUUUGCCAGCAUUGACAACACUGAAACUGGAGUUCCUAAAAAUUUCAGGGCAACUUCUACCACCAGUAUUUGCUUUCCCACCCUUACAGUCUGCGUAUCUGAAGAACAACCAUUUUAAUGGAAGUCUGAACCUAGAUGCCGGCUACAGCAGCCAGCUCAUACUUAUUGACUUGCAAAACAACGACAUCGAUGACGCCUCACCCGGAGAUUACUCAAAACAAUUACUACUGAGUGGCACUCCGUAUUGCAAUCGGGGAGGAAAUAGCAAAUUUUGCGGCAGUCAGCUGCCACCAAGCCCGCCUCCGUUCAGCACGCCAUUCGAGAAUUGCCCAACUACGAAUUGUCCUUCAGAUCAGGAGGAGAGCCCCACAUGCAACUGCUCGUACCCUUUCGCAGGCACCCUAUUAUUCAGGUUCUACAGCUUCUCGAACAUGGGGAAUUGGACUCAUUUUACAGCUGUAGAGGUGAACAUAGAUAAGCAAGCGCGGCAGCUUUUCUCCAUUGAUUCAGUGUCCGUCCAGAAUCCACGCCUAGACGGCAACAGCUAUCUCGAUGUCGACAUCCGAAUCUUCCCAGCUGACAAACUUCGUUUCAAUUAUUCUGAGAUCAUUUCCUUGUCCAAUAUGUUCAGCAAUAAGAGUUUUGUUGCCCCUGAUGGGUUUGGGCCUUAUCUUUUCAUACCGAAUCCGUAUGUUGAUUUCACAGUACCGCCGUCACCUAGCUCAAAAUCAAAAAGACUGCCGGCGAUUAUUGGAGGAACAGUUGCCAGCGUUGUUGUUGUUGUGGUGAUAGCUGGUUUGGUCAUUUACGCGAUUCAACAGAGAAAGGAGGCCAAGAAGGCCAAAGAACUAAGCCUGCCUUUCGGAUCUUGGGACCGAAGUAACAGCAGCAACAGCAUUCCGCCACAAUUGAGAGGGCCGAGGAUGUUCACUUUCGAUGAUUUGAAGAAAUUCACCAAUAAUUUCUCAGAAGAUAACAGCAUUGGGUCUGGCGGUUACGGAAAGGUUUACCGAGCAGCACUUCCUGACGGAACACUGCUUGCUGUAAAAAGAGCUCAGAAGGAGUCCACACAAGGCGCUCAUGAAUUUAAAACGGAGAUUGAGAUGCUUAGUCGGGUUCACCACCGUAACCUUGUUUCUCUUAUUGGUUUUUGCUUCGAGCAAGGUGAACAAAUGUUGGUGUAUGAGUACAUUCCAAAUGGUAAUCUAAAAGAAAGUCUCACAGGGAAGUCUGGAAUUCGUUUGGACUGGAGGCGGAGGCUUCGAAUUGCUCUUGGUGCGGCUAGAGGUCUUGCGUACCUGCACGAGCUCGCAGAUCCCUCUAUAGUUCACAGAGAUAUCAAAUCAAGCAACAUCCUUCUCGACCACCAUCUCAACGCAAAAGUGUCUGAUUUUGGUCUCUCUAGGCAGUUGAGUGGCGACGGGAAAGGACAUAUUACGACGCAGGUUAAGGGUACAAUGGGAUACUUGGAUCCGGAGUAUUACAUGACCCAACAGUUGACCGAGAAGAGCGACGUGUACAGUUUUGGCAUUCUACUGCUCGAGAUUCUAACUGCAAGAAAGCCGAUCGACCGCGGCCGUUACAUCGUGAGAGAAGUUAGGAAUGCAAUGGACAAGGCGAAGGAUUUCUACGGUCUUCAUGAGUUCCUCGAUCCGGUGCUAGGCUUAGGCACCAAACCUCCCGGUUUUGAGAGGUUCGUCGACUUGGCAAUGAGUUGUGUCGAGGAAUCAGGCGACCGCCGCCCCUCGAUGAGCCAGGUGGCGAAGGAGAUUGAGACCAUCAUGCAGAUGGCCGGUAUGGACCCGCAAGCCGGAUCCGCCACGACUUCCGACAGCUUCUCUUCGACGAGCAGGCCCCACCCAUAUAACAGCGACACCGCCUACGAUUACAGCGGCGGGGUGUUCACUCAAAAGGUCGAGCCCAAGUGAGAAGUCAUGGAAUGAUUUGUGAUUCGCCUCUCAGAUUUGUGCAUACUCUUAUCAGUUUUGCUUUGCUCGAGACCCUGAGUUACUCAAUACCUGUGAGUGUGAUGCAUUGGUGUUUAUAUAUCUACUGUGCUUUCAUAUGGUGCAUGUACAUGUAUACUUCUUGUCAUUGUAAUAUAGAAAUGGUGGUGAGUUUGCUUACAGUAGUAA